GUGUCUUGAAAAAAAAACUAUAUUCUAUUCAAUUUUAUUUUUACAGAUAUUUCAUAAGCAGCCAUUAACAAAUGGGUUAUCCAAUGAAAAUAUUAUCUCUCUUUCUUAAGCAUAAAAACCCAAACUUUCUCUUUCGUUUUUGAGCUCUCUCGUAAGCAUCUGCAGGAGAGUGAAUCCGUAAAUCGAUUUUGGAGGAUCUUUCUGAGUGUGAAAAAUGGCGUCGAAACGGAUCUUGAAGGAGCUCAAGGAUCUCCAGAAGGACCCUCCAACCUCCUGCAGUGCCGGUCCAGUUGCUGAGGAUAUGUUUCAUUGGCAAGCUACAAUCAUGGGUCCUGCAGAGAGUCCUUAUGCAGGCGGUGUGUUCCUCGUUACCAUUCACUUCCCUCCCGAUUAUCCUUUCAAACCACCAAAGGUUGCAUUCAGGACAAAGGUGUUUCACCCUAAUAUCAACAGCAAUGGAAGCAUUUGCCUUGACAUUUUGAAAGAACAAUGGAGCCCUGCUCUCACCAUUUCCAAGGUCCUGCUCUCGAUAUGUUCGCUGUUAACGGAUCCAAACCCAGAUGACCCGUUGGUGCCAGAGAUUGCACACAUGUACAAAACCGACAGAGCUAAGUACGAGGCUACUGCAAGAAACUGGACUCAGAAGUAUGCCAUGGGCUAACAAACAAACAAACAUUUGUUUGCUUCGGCAACAAUUUAUGUUUUAAAAACUUGUUCUUACAACUUUAAAUAAAAAAAAGUUCAAAUGUCUACUGUUUAUUUUUUGGUUCCUGUCUGAAGCGUCAGUCUGUGUACGAUAUGUUUAUGAAAUUGGAAGCUUUUCAUCUUGAAUGUGGUCUUGGGAGAAAGAAAUGUAUUGCUGGUUCACUU